GUUCUUGGGGGAGUGAGUAUGCUUCAUGGCGGGCAGCAAUGGCGAGCGAUUCUUCCUCUCUUCCGAUAUCAAUCUGCCCGUCACGCUGCGCGUCGAGUCGCUGGAGGGCGAUCUCCAGCGGUACACGGAGGCUACUCUCAAGAAUGCCACGGAUUUCGCGUUGGCGGAGCACAGCCCUGUCCCUGAUUUGUUCGUGGAAUGCUCGCUCUACAUCGAUGGCGUGCUCUUCGGCCUGCCGACCAAGACGCGUUUGGCACCGAUCGAGAAGCCAUACAAAUGGAACGAGAUGAUCACGCUCAGCGCCAAGUACAGAGAUUUGACGGCCACUACGCAGCUGACAUUCACUGUAAGAAAUUUCCUUUUCUUUCUUUGUUCUUUGAGGAAGAGUCUUGAGCAAUGGAGAAAAAAAUCCUUGCAGGUCUGGGACGUCUCGUACCCAAGGCAAGAAGUUGCUGUCGGUGGUGCAAGCUUUCGGAUUUUCAGCAAGAAGAAAGAGCUCAAGACUGGCAAGCAAAAGCUCCGGCUGUGGCGUGGUAGGAUCGCUGAUGGAGCAGUCGUUAGUAGCACGCCAGGCAAGGUUCCGAAGCAUGAAAGGGGAGAGCUGGAAAGGCUUGACAAGGCUCUCAAUAAAUACGAGAGAGGCCAAAUCGAACGUAUAGAUUGGCUGGACAACUUGACUUUCAAAGCCAUCGACCGAAUCAAAGAGGAAGAAAGCAAACGGAUCGGUCAGAAGAACUUGCAUUUGGUCGUGGAGCUUCUAUCGUUUAUGCAUCCUGUCGCAUUCCAGGAUUUAGUGCUCCAAUCCCCUAGACAUCAACUGGUUGUGAUACCUGAUCCAGAAGUUGGUCGUCAAAAUCCUUGCGAGAACAAGCAAAUAAAACUGGCUCGUCAUGUGACAAGAGGCGUCAUUGAUCACGAACUAAAGCCCAGCAUCACGGAUCGGAAGGAAAUAGCGCGAAUUUUGCAGUACCCCCCUACAAGAAAUCUGAACGGAGAAGAAAGACAGACGCUGUGGAAAUUCCGGUUCUCGUUAACGGGGGAGAAGAGAGCGCUCACCAAGUUCUUGAAAUGUGUUGACUGGAGCGAUGCAACGGAAGCAAAGCAGGCAUUAGAACUAAUGCACAAGUGGACUACGAUUGACAUCGCUGACGCGUUGGAGCUUUUAUCGCAUGCUUUUGAAAGUGAGGAGGUUCGAGGCCACGCAAUUGACGUGCUCGAGAGGACCGGCGAUGAGGAACUGCAGUCGUAUCUAUUCCAACUUGUGCAGGCCCUACGCUUUGAGCGAUCUGACAAGUCCCGCCUUGCGAAUUUUCUGGUUCAAAGAGCUGUCCACAAUACUGAGCUAGCAAACUUCUUGCGGUGGUAUCUCAACGUAGAACUUGCCGACGUCGUAUAUGCGAAGCGUUUUUGGUUGGUCUUGGAGCACUUCAACGAGUCCGUUGCUCCUCCAAUGGCUGCUCUGCUACAUCAUCAGUCUGAGCUGCUUGCGAAGCUUUGCACUAUCGCACGGGAUGUAAAGAAUGUCCGCGGAAAUUUACAGAAGAAGAUCGACAGGUUGCGGGAAAUGCUUCAGGGGAUUAUGAACGAACUCACAUCUUUCGAAGCUUUGCCUUUCCCGUUGGAUCCCACAAUUAUGCUCAUCGGUAUUUUACCGGCCGAGUCAUCCGUAUUCAAAAGCAACCUCAGUCCGCUGCGAUUGACAUUUCGGACCGUCGAGGGUGGCAAGUGCAGAGUGAUAUUCAAGAAAGGGGACGAUCUGCGGCAAGAUCAAUUGGUGAUUCAGCUCAUAACGCUCAUGGACAAGCUGCUUAAGUCUGAAAACCUUGACUUGCAGCUAACUCCUUACAGAGUUCUCUCCACUUCGCACGAGGAAGGUAUGGUGGAAUUUAUACAUUCUACACCUUUGGCUCAGGUUUUGGCCGAGAACAAGACGAUCAUCCAGUUCUUUAAACAGUUCCAUCCCGAUGAAGAGGGCCCAUUCGGGAUAAGUUCUCCUUGCCUUGAAACCUUUGUCAAGAGCUGUGCGGGAUACUGUGUUAUAACGUACAUACUCGGUGUUGGCGACAGGCAUCUUGACAAUCUACUUCUCCAGCAGGAUGGAAGGCUCUUUCAUGUCGACUUCGGUUUCAUUCUUGGAAGGGAUUCAAAACCGUUUCCCCCUCCAAUGAAGCUAUGUAAAGAAAUGGUGGAAGCUAUGGGCGGAAUGGACAGCCAACAUUAUUCGAAGUUCAAGAUGUACUGCUGCGAGGCUUACAAUAUACUGCGCAAGUCAAGCAAUCUCAUAUUGAACCUUCUCUUUCUCAUGUCGGGGGCCAAUCUGCCUGACAUCUCCUCUGAUCCAGAAAAGGGAGUCUUAAAACUUCAAGAAAAGUUCCGCCUCGACCUGGAUGACGAAGAAGCCGUUCAGUUCUUCCAGACGCUCAUAAACGACAGUGUCAGUGCGUUGUUUCCUCAGAUGGUAGAGACGAUCCAUCGGUGGGCACAGUACUGGCGGUAGCGGUAAAAGUCUGUACAUGAUUUGUAAAUUGACACAUGCGUUUUGUA